CACUGCGGGCGCAGGGGCUUCGGCUACCACUGCGGGCGCAGGGGCUUCGGCUACCACUGCCUCAGCGGGCGCAGGCGCCUCGGCUACCACUGCGGGCGCAGGGGCUUCGGCUACCACUGCGGGCGCAGGGGCUUCGGCUACCACUGCCUCAGCGGGCGCAGGCGCCUCGGCUACCACUGCGGGCGCAGGGGCUUCGGCUACCACUGCGGGCGCAGGGGCUUCGGCUACCACUGCCUCAGUGGGCACAGGCGCCUCGGCUACCACUGGCUCAGCGGGCGCAGGGGCUUCGGCUACCACUGCGGGCGCAGGGGCUUCGGCUACCACUGCCUCAGCGGGCGCAGGCGCCUCGGCUACCACUGCGGGCGCAGGGGCUUCGGCUACCACUGCGGGCGCAGGCGCCUCGGCUACCACUGCGGGCGCAGGCGCCUCGGCUACCACUGCGGGCGCAGGGGCUUCGGCUACCACUGCGGGCGCAGGGGCUUCGGCUACCACUGCGGGCGCAGGGGCUUCGGCUACCACUGCCUCAGUGGGCGCAGGCGCCUCGGCUACCACUGGCUCAGCGGGCGCAGGCGCCUCGGCUACCACUGGCUCAGCGGGUGA